CUCCUCCUCCCCACUUUCUUUAACACUUAUAAGGUUCUUGUUUUCCCCGAGAUCCUCGAACAAGGAAUUGAAUCUCCCAUUUUUUUAUUAUUUCUUUUUCCUUGUUCGGAGAAUAGGAUCGCCGCAAGACCCUGAUCGCAGAAUCGGUAAAUGCAACAUUCGGAUUCAGUGAUCGAAGAUUAAUUCGAGAUUUCCCAUUGUGGGUCUCGAUUGCAUUUCCGAUAGAUGGACGGAUACUAGCUAAUUUCUGGGGUUUUCACGGGGGGAACGAAAUCAAGUCCAACCGAUGUCGCCACCAUCGCGCCAGUUAAUCCUCCGGCCGGUGUCUGUGGACAAAACACGGCCACUGCUGUACACCCGCUCGAACAUCUCCACUGCCACCAGCAGUAGACACGGCGUUAACCGCACCAGCAAGUCCGCGAGGUUCGCGGAAGUAUGCGGAGCAGCGGCAGCGGAAUGCACGGCGGUUUGUUGUUGCUGCCCCAUCGGCAUAAUGGAAUUCCUGGUGCUGGCUAUCUACAAGGUCCCCGCAGGUCUUUGCCGCCGUGCACUCCGCAGCAAGCGGCGGCAGCAGCUCUUGAAGAACGGCAUGUUGCAGCCCCAACAACGGCGGUCCCAGUGCGGCUGCGACGAAACAGAGCUGCAUAUUCACUCGGUGGUCUGUCACGACGAGUUAGACACCCUUCCCCGCUCCGAGGAGGCGGAUAAAGCCGUUGUGGAGCUGGAAAAGGAGAUGUGGGAGACUUUCUACGGUGCUGGGUUUUGGAGAAGUGCCUCUCAGAGAGAGCCGCCGGCAAUAAAACAACCAUAAGCACUCAAAUAUUUGUCUUCCUCCUAUAUUUCAUCAUGGCACAUUUGGGGAAAAUUAAUAGAAUUGGAAGACAUGAUAUUGACAUUGUGUUUGAGAGAGAAUUGAUCCAAAAUCUAAAUAUUUUGAACCCCAAUUCUUGUUUAGGAAUCAAUUUGGUUAGUUAAUUUAUUCCUUACAUAUUAACCAAGAAGAUAGUGGUUUGAUCCCAACUUUUUCAACUUAAACAUGGUUUUGUGGUUGUUUAGAUUUAAGUAUUUUAACGUAAUAUAUUGAUUUUGGAGUU